AUGAGUGCGCCGGCGCCGGCGCCGACGGUGGCGGUGCUACUGGACCUGGCGCACGGUUGCGGCUGCGGCUGCGCCGGGCGCUCGCUGCGCCAGGAGGCGGCUCGCUCCGUGGCCGGCGCCCGCACCGGAGCCCACUUGUUGGUGCUGAGCGCGACGGGCGGCCCGGCCGGCGGCGACGCGGCCGAGGCGACGGCGGGCGCCUGGAGCGGCGGCGGGGUGGCGCGCGUCCUCUCGGACUGGCGCGCCGACGCCGCGUCCGCCUACCGCCUGAAGUGCUCCGCGGACGAGCUGGGCGCGCUCUCCCUGCGCGUUAUCACUAGCCGGCGGGGGCGCGCGCGGCUGCUGGGCUACGAGCGCGCGCUUUUUAGCCCACUUUACACGUGGACGUACCUGCUGGGCUGCGACCGGGAAGACGACGACGACGACGACGACGGCGGCGGCGUACGAGAGGCGGACGAUGAGGUCGCCGCCUACCUUCGGCGACUCCCGUCGGUGGGCGGGCCCGUCCGGGUGCUGACGUCGGCGCUGAUCCCUCCAGAGUGCUUUGGCCACGGCUUCAGCACGCGUGCGGGCGGCGUGUCGCGGGUGCCCACCUUGUCCUCCUUGAACCUGGUCAGCAGCCCCAAGAGGCGCGACUCGGCGGCCGUGGUCCGGGAGAAUCGGCGCCGUCUGGCGCUUCACGCCGGAUUCUACCCGCGCCCGCUACACGUACUCAAGGUAGAGCACGGCGGCCGCGUCUGGGUGUGCGGACAGGCCGAGCCGGAGCGCUACGAUGCGGCGGUGACGGAUCGGCCCGGGACGGUCCUGGCGGCGCCGGGCGCCGACUGCCUCCCCUUGCUCUUCGCCGAUCCCGUGGCCGGAGCGGUGGGGGCGGCUCACGCGGGCUGGAGAGGAACGCUGCUGGGCGUGGCGACGGCCACGGUGGCCGCCAUGACAACAGAGCUGGGGUGCGUGCCCGAAGACAUCCUGGUGGUGUCGGGCCCCUCGGUAGGUCCGUGCUGCUUCACGCUGGAGCCGGAACGGGCCGCCCGCUUCCGGCCGGAAUGCGUCCGUCCCGUACGGGCCGGCGGACUCGGCGUGGACCUGCGGCUGGCCAACAGGCUCCAACUGCAGGAGGCGGGGAUCGCGCCGCAUCACAUCCACGACGACGAGGGGGUGGCACCAUGCACGGCGUGUCGCCCGCGAGACUUCUUUUCCCACGCGCGAGACGGCGCCCACUUCGGCAGUCAGGCGGGCUUCGUGUGGAUCCGCGAGGAGCGGGGGGGAGGCUCGCUUUUGCCGGGCUGA